GUGCGGUUUAUCGUGGAGAUUCUGAUCCAUCGAUCGGUCACCACGCUACUCGACCAACUGAGUGAGUCGCAAGUGAAUAGGCUCGAUACUUAAUUAGCCUCGCUUGCACUUCGCUCCAAGAGUGCAGCACCUCGUAAUUGGCUCCCAGCACAUAACUGCGCAGUAUUCCGUGACACGCUAGAGAAGCCUAGACUUCAUCUCGGGCUGUUGCAGCAUCAUGUGAAGAAUUCCAGACUCUGGCAGGCUCCUUCCAGUGGUACUGUUGUAAAGUGCAUCCAGCAGCAGCAGCAGCAGCAGCGGCCUCCUGUCAAAAAGUAUAUCUACCGAACGUAAUCCUUCGCUCAGGGUCAUAGAUCCAGAAUUGCAUUUUUAGCUUAUGGUUGUCAGAUCUUGUACCUACGCAGAGACCCAGGUAGCCGGAGAGAGUAAGAGUUUCUUUCACCUUCUCGUCAUGGCGUUAAUUCACGGGCUUAUGGGAAGCAGCAUCAUCGAUCCGUUCGAGAGUCUGUCGCUCUUUGACCGGGCAUGCCCAUCGUUUCCCAGAGAUUCCGUCGGCACCGUGGCAAACGAUGGAAUCGACUGGGUGGAGAGUCCACAGGCCCAUGUGCUCAAAGCAGAUCUGCCUGGGAUGAAGAAGGAAGAGAUUAAAGUUCAGAUAUCAGAUAAUGGGAUCCUCACAAUCAGCGGAGAGCGCGCCCUGAAUGAGAAGGGCUCUCACCCACGAGUCGAGCGAGCUUACGGCACAUUCCACAGGCAGCUCAAGUUGCCAAGUGAUGCCAAGGUUCAAGAAGUGACUGCCCAAGUGGAGAAUGGAGUUCUGACCGUGACUGUCCCAAAGACUGAGUUGUCUGAUGAAACGCCCUGAUGGCGCGACGUCGAGAUAUCCAGUUAGAGAUCACUGGAGCUCAAAAUGCAAAGACUUGUAUGGCAAAGGAAUUGUAAUGUUUUCUCCUCUAUAUUGUCAGAGUUGUAGAGAUUUCAGAAUGACAGAGAGCGAUGCGGACGUAAAGUUGCAUGAGUGAGAUCUGGAGAGCAGGAUACUCAUCCCCAUUCGAGGAAGAGUGAUCUCAGUGAGCUCCAUCAUCGGAGCUCUCAACUAGACGACAAAGGACAAACAGAGGAGGAACUUACAGCAGUGAAAAGUGAAACCAGGCUUUCAUGAUUUGUAUCAGCCCUUCUUCACUUUUCUCUAAACGGUUGUAAUGUGUUGGACUUUCGAGCAAAGGAAAUCUGUAACUUCCGUG